CCGCGAGCAUCUCACCGGCUUCGGGUCUGGAGUUUACCAGCCGCUCUUUCUUCCGUAACGGGGCGAAGCUGGACGCUCUACCGAAGUCAGUCCGCUCUGUAGUUCGCCGGCCGCAAAAGAACUAAGUUGAUCUCCCUCUCAUUUUCGCAAGUUUUCAGGUCCUGUCUCUCCGCUCUAUCGAUGUAUUCGAGGGUCGACAGCUUCUGGAUCGUGCCCGCCUUCUUGUCCGAAACCUCGUGAUACACAGUCGCGAUUUGAGCUAGCUGGCCAUCUUUCUCCUCCUUUUGCUCUGUUCCUGCCCGUAACCAUUGAGGAAGGUGAGGGCGCUUGAAAAGAAUUAAACUGCUUACUCUCUGCUUUGAUCUCUCCAAUUUGGUGCAUUUACAGGCCCAGAGUUUUGGUUUGUUAUGUCAGCUGUUACUUCCAUUCGUUUUGCAGUUAGCUGAUAGAGGUCCAUGCAUUAUUGAUUGCAUGUUUUCUUCUGAGAAAUAUUUUAAAAGAUGUUCUCUGGGCAGUUAAUGCAGCUAACUGAACAUGGACGAAGUAUUCUUACUUCCAGGAGGAGGACUCUUGCUCUAGUCGCAGGUGCCAUGGUGACUGGUGGAACUGCUUUUUAUAUGCAGUCACGAAUCAAUAAAAUCAAACGAGACAGAUCUGAGAGCUCCAUAGAUGUUACUCGGCACUUGACCCAAAAUGGUGUAGAUGACGAGACAACUAAAGUAUUGAGAAAAAAAGGGAGCGGCCAUAAAUCUCUACAUGUUUUAACUGCAGUUUUGCUCUCGAAAAUUGGCCCUACAGGUUUAAGGACCCUUGUGGGGAUGGUGAUCACUGCAGUGUUGAGAACUGCCUUGAGUAACAGACUUGCUAAAGUCCAAGGUUUCUUGUUUCGAGCUGUUUUUCUGAGACGCGUGCCAUUAUUUAUGCGGCUAAUUAUAGAAAACAUCAUCCUCUGUUUUCUUCAAUCCACAUUGUAUUCAACAUCAAAAUAUCUGACUGGAGCUUUAGCUUUACGGUUCAGAAAAAUAUCAACAGACCUCAUACAUGCUGAUUAUUUUGAGAAUAUGGUUUACUAUAAGAUAUCUCAUGUUGAUCACCGAGUGUCUAAUCCGGAGCAAUGUAUUGCAAGUGAUUUGCCAAGGUUCUGUACAGAACUGAGUGAUCUUGUACAAGACGAUCUCACUGCAGUGAUGGAUGGUCUGCUGUAUACCUGGCGUCUUUGUUCUUAUGCUAGUCCGAAAUACGUUCUUUGGAUUCUGGCAUAUGUGAUAGGUGCUGGCUCUCUUAUUAGAAAUUUCUCUCCCGCCUUUGGAAAAUUGAUGGCCAAAGAGCAAGAGUUAGAAGGAGACUAUCGGCAGCUUCACUCAAGAUUAAGGACACAUGCUGAAAGCAUAGCUUUUUAUGGUGGUGAAAAGAGAGAAGCAUCUCACAUAAAACAAAAGUUUAAGACCCUUGUGCGGCAUCUCAACCUUGUUCUCCAUGAUAAUUGGUGGUUUGGGAUGAUUCAGGAUUUUCUCCUGAAAUACCUUGGUGCCACUGUCGGAGUCAUCUUGAUUAUUGAACCAUUCUUUGCUGGUAAUCUUAAGCCAGAUUCUUCUACACUUGGGAGAGCAGAAAUGUUGAGUAAUCUCCGUUACCAUACAAGUGUGAUAAUAUCUCUUUUUCAGUCUCUGGGGACGCUAUCUAUCAGCUCCAGACGAUUAAACCGUCUCAGUGGGUAUGCUGACCGUAUUCAUGAGCUAAUGGUUGUAUCAAGAGAGCUUGCUACUGUGAGGGAUUCUUCAUCAAUUCCAAAAAGUUCAAGCACAAAUUGUUUUAGUGAAGCAGGUUAUAUUGAAUUUUCGGGUGUCAAGGUAGUAACUCCUUCUGGAAAUGUGUUGGUGGAUGACCUCACACUUAGGGUCGAUUCAGGAUCUAAUCUUUUGAUCACUGGCAAGUUUAUUUUCCUUUAUCCAAUUUGUGCUGCAUUUUGA